UCUGCUGGCCUGUCUUCUUCGCUCGUCUGGGCGGCGGCGGCGGCAACUGGGGACGGGGCGGGUGGCGCAUCGCGGGCGCGGAGGCAGGAGGAGCAGCCUCAUUGUUCCGGGAGCCGUCGCCACUGCAGGUCCUUCUCUUGGUCGGCCCGGCCCCUCCGUCCUCCCCAACCCCCACAACCGCCCGCAGCUCCGAGGAGCAGCGGCCCCGCGGCAGCAGCAGCUGCAGCAUCCUCUCCGCCCGCCAGCCAUGGAAGACCUGGACCAGUCGCCCCUGGUCUCCUCGUCCUCCGCGGACAGCCCGCCCCGGCCGCAGCCCGCGUUCAAGUACCAGUUCGUGAGGGAGCCCGAGGACGAGGAGGAGGACGAGGAGGACGAGGAGGACGAGGACGAGGACCUGGAGGAGCUGGAGGUGCUGGAGAGGACUCAAUUUUCAGAGUUAGAAUACUCAGAAAUGGGAUCACCAUUCAGUGGUGCUCCAAAAGCAGAGUCUGCUGUACUAGUAGAAAACUCUAGGGAAGAAAUAAUUGUCAAGAGAAAAGAUGAAGAAGAUUUGGUUAGUAGCAAUAUCCUUCAUGAUCAACAAGAAUCACCUAUAACUCCUCCUAAAUUGGUUAAAGAAGACAAAGUUACAUAUCCAGAAAAAACAAAGGACAGUUUUAAUGAAGCGGGAGUUGCAGUAGAAUCACCCAUAAGGGAGGAAUAUGCAGACUUCAAACCAUUUGAGCGAGUUUGGGGAGUGAAAGAUACUUUCAAGGGAGAUAGUGAUGUUUUGGCUGCUAAAGUGAAUGUAGAAAGCAAAUUGGAAAGUAAAGAGGAUGAGAAAGGCUUGGCAGAUAGCCUUGAGGAAGGAAGUCCUGAAAAAGAUAGUGAAAGUAGUAAUGAUGAUGCUUCUUUUCCAAGUACACCGGAAGGUGUGAAAGGUGGCUCAAGAGCGUAUCUUACCUGUGCGCCCUUUAGCCCUGCUACUGAGAGCAUCGCAUCAAACAUUUUCCCUCUGUUAGAAGAUCAUACUUCAGAAAAUAAGACUGAUGAAAAAAAAAUAGAAGAAAAGAAGGCUCUAACUGUAACAGAGAAGACAACUAGUGUCAAAACAUCAAACCCUUUCCUUGUGUCCAUUCAGGAUUAUGAGACAGAUUAUGUCACAACAGAUAAUUUGUCAAAGAUGACCGAGGCAGUAGUGGCAAACAUGCCUGAAGGUCUAACACCAGAUUUAGUACAGGAAGCAUGUGAAAGUGAGUUAAAUGAAGCCACAGGUACAAAGACUGUGUAUGAAACAAAAAUGGACUUGGUGCAAACAUCCGAAACCGGUCAGGAGUCACUCUACCCUGUAGCACAGCUUUGCCCAUCAUUUGAAGAAUCUGAAGCAACUCCUUCACCCGUUUUGCCUGACAUUGUUAUGGAAGCACCAUUAAAUUCUCUACUUCCUAGUGCUGGGGCUUCUGUGGUACAGUCCAGUUCAUCACCAUUAGAAGCUCCGCCUUCAGUUAAUUAUGACAGUACAAAGCUUGAGCCUGAAAAUCCUCCACCCUAUGAAGAAGCGAUACAUGUACCACAAAAAAAAGUUUCGGGAAUAAAGGAAGAAAUUAAACAGCCUGAAAUGAAUGCAGCUGUUCAGGAGACAGAAGCUCCUUACAUAUCUAUUGCAUGUGAUUUAAUUAAAGAAACAAAGCUUUCCACUGAACCAAGUCCAGCUUUCUCUGCUUACUCAGACACGGCAAAUGUUGAAAAGCCAGUGCCUGAGCAUUCUGACCUAAUGGAGGAUUCCUCACCUGAUUCUGAACCAGUUGAUUUAUUUAGUGAUGACUCAAUUCCCGAAGUUCCUCAAAAAGUUGAGGAGGCUGUGAUGCUCAUGAAAGAAAACUUCACUGAAGCUUCAUCUGAAUCAAUAACGGAAAGUGGAAAAACAGAAAACCUCAGUGCUUCACUAUCUGAGGGGGGAAAGCCAUAUCUGGAGUCUUUUCAGUCCAAUUUCCAUACCAUAAAAGAUGCUCUAUCUCUUAAUGAAGUUUCCCCAUUAAACCAAAAGGGGAAAAUUCCUUUACAGAUGGAAGAGCUCAAUACUGCAGUUUAUUCAAGUGAUGACUUAUUUACUUCUCAGGAAGAAAAAUUAAGAGAAAGUGAAACAUUUUCAGAUUCCUCUCCAAUUGAAAUUAUAGAUGAAUUCCCUACAUUUGUUAGUUCCAAAACUGAUUCCUCUCCUAAAGUAGUCAGGGAAUACAGUGACCUAGAAGUAUCCCACAAAAGUGAAAUUGCCAGCGUCCAGGAUGGAGCUGGGUCAAUGCCCUGCACAGAAUUGCCCCGUGACCUUUCUUUCAAGAACAUACCCCAGAAAGAUGAAGAUAAAGUUCAUAUCUCAGAUGAGUUCUCCAAAGAUAGGUCUGAUGUAUCAAAAGAACCCCUACUGCCUCCAGAUGUUUCUGCUUUGGCAACUCAAACAGAGAUAGGCAGUAUAGUUAAACCCAAAGUUCUUGCAAAAGAAGCUGAGAAAAAACUUCCUCCUGACACAGAAAAAGAGAACAGAUCACCAUCUUCUAUAUUUUCAUCAGAGCUGAGUAAAACUUCAGUUGUUGACCUCCUCUACUGGAGAGAUAUUAAGAAGACUGGAGUGGUGUUUGGUGCCAGCUUAUUCCUGCUGCUUUCAUUGACAGUAUUCAGCAUUGUGAGUGUAACAGCCUACAUUGCCUUGGCCCUGCUCUCUGUGACUAUCAGCUUUAGAACAUACAAGGGUGUGAUCCAAGCUAUCCAGAAGUCAGAUGAAGGCCACCCGUUCAGGGCAUAUUUGGAAUCCGAAGUCGCUAUAUCUGAGGAAUUGAUUCAGAAAUACAGUAAUUCUGCUCUUGGCCAUGUGAACUGCACAAUAAAAGAACUCAGGCGCCUUUUCUUAGUUGACGAUCUAGUUGAUUCUCUGAAGUUUGCAGUAUUGAUGUGGGUGUUCACCUAUGUUGGUGCCUUGUUCAAUGGUCUGACACUACUGAUUUUAGCUCUGAUUUCACUCUUCAGUGUUCCUGUUAUUUAUGAACGGCAUCAGGCACAGAUAGAUCAUUGUCUAAGACUUGCAAAUAAGAAUGUUAAGGAUACUAUGGCUAAAAUCCAAGCAAAAAUCCCUGGAUUGAAGCGCAAAGCUGAAUGAAAAAGCCCCAAGCAAUUAACAGUAGUCUUGCUGUAUUUUGGGACGUAGCAGAGAAGGCGGAGCUGGAAACAAACAACCCCUUUCACAGUUUGUGCACUGUGUAUGGUCUGUGUAGAUUGAUGCAGAUUUUCUGAAAUGAAAUGUUUAGACGAGAUCAUGCCACUAAAGCAGGAAUGAAAAAGCUUGCCUUUCUGGUAUGCUCUAGGUGUAUUGUGAAUUUUACUGUUAUAUGAAUUGCCAAUAUAAGUAAAUAUAGAUUAUAUAUAUCUAUAUCUAUAUAUAGUGUUUCACAAAGCUUAGACCUUUACCUUCCAGUUGCCCCACAGUGCUUGACAUUUCAGUCAUUGGUUAUACAUGUCUAGUUCCAAAGCUUGUAAGCUUGAAAAAGAAAAUAUAUUUCUAGGAGCACUACCAUCUGUUUUCAACAUGAAACAUUGCCACACACAUAGAACCUUCAUUGCAAAGACUUAACAGUAGUUAAUUUUGUCACAGACUCUGAAAUCUAUGGACUGAAUCUUAAUGCUUCCAAAAAUGUUGUUUGCAAAUAUCAAACAUUGUUAUGCAAGAAGUCAAAUUGAAGACUUAUACCUUUGUGGUUAAGUUGUACUGAACUAAAUCUGUGGAAUGCAUUGUGAACUGUAAAAGCAAAGUAUCAAUAAAGCUUAUAGACAAAAAUGUG